UCUGUUGAAUAUUUUUGAUCACAGCUAAACUAUUAUCAAUGCACCUGCUUCUCAAAUUCACAAAGGGAAACCAGCUGACAUUAUGGAAGGAAAGAAUCAAACAGCUCCAUCUGAAUUCAUCAUCUUGGGGUUCUCCCACCUGAAUGAAUUGCAGUAUUUACUCUUCACCAUCUUCUUUCUGACCUACAUAUGCACUUUAGGAGGCAAUGUUUUUAUCAUUGUGGUGACCAUAGCUGAUUCCCACCUACACACACCCAUGUAUUAUUUCCUAGGAAAUCUUGCCCUUAUUGACAUCUGCUACACUACUACUAAUGUCCCCCAGAUGAUGGUGCAUCUUCUGUCAGAGAAGAAAACCAUUUCCUAUGGAGGCUGUGUGACCCAGCUCUUUGCAUUCAUUUUCUUGGUUGGCACAGAGUGUCUCCUCCUGGCAGCAAUGGCAUAUGACCGAUAUAUUGCUAUCUGCAAGCCCUUAAGGUACUCAUUUAUUAUGAACAAGACCCUGUGCAGCUGGUUAGCAGCCUCAUGCUGGACAGGUGGGUUUCUCAACUCAGUGCUGCACACAGUUCUGACCUUCCACCUGCCCUUCUGUGGUAACAAUCAGAUCAAUUAUUUCUUCUGUGACAUACCUCCUUUGCUCAUCUUGUCUUGUGGUGAUACUUCCCUCAAUGAACUGGCUUUGCUGUCCAUUGGGAUCCUCAUAGGCUGGACUCCUUUCCUGUGCAUCAUCCUCUCCUACCUUUACAUCAUCUCCACCAUCCUGAGGAUCCGCUCCUCUGAGGGGAGGCACAAAGCCUUUUCCACCUGUGCCUCCCACCUGCUCAUUGUUAUUCUCUAUUAUGGCAGUGCCAUCUUUACAUAUGUGAGACCCAUCUCAUCUUACUCGCUAGAGAAAGACAGAUUGAUCUCAGUGCUGUAUAGUGUUGUCACACCCAUGCUGAAUCCUAUAAUUUAUACGCUAAGGAAUAAGGACAUCAAAGAGGCUGUGAAGGCCAUAGGGAGAAAGUGGCAGCCACCAGUUUUCUCUUCUGAUCUGUAACCUCUCUUAUGUGUAGUCAACAAUCUUACAUUAGAAAGUUAACUUUUCCACCACUCAGUUGUUGCUGG